AUGAAGCCUGUUGCGCUUUUCCUCUCGCUGUUUGUCUUCUUCGGCCUCGUUGCUGCGUGGUCCAAAGAAGACUAUGAGAUCUUUGGUCUACAAAACGAUGUGGCCACGAAUGAAGGUGCCAAUGUGACCUUCUAUGACCUCCUCGAGAUCCGUCCCAAUGCCAAUCAGGAGCAGAUCACCAAGGCCUAUCGCAAGAAGUCGAGAACCAUCCACCCCGACAAGGUCAAGCGCGCCUUCAUCGCCAAUUACGCCAAGGACAAGAGCAAGGCCAAGUCAAACCAGGGGGUGAAUGUCAACAGGGGUCCCACUCAGCGUGAAAUCGACGCGGCGGUCAAGAAUGCUGAUGCUCGCUCUGCCCGUCUGAAUCUCGUCGCCAACGUCCUCCGCGGCCCCAACCGUGAGCGUUACGAUCACUUCCUCAAGAAUGGCUUCCCCUUGUGGAAGGGCACUGGAUACUACUACUCGCGCUUCCGUCCUGGUCUGGGCUCUGUGCUGAUCGGCCUGUUCCUGGUCUUUGGCGGUGGUGCUCACUACGCUGCCCUGAUCCUUGGCUGGAAGCGCCAGCGCGAGUUCGUCGAUCGCUACGUUCGUCAAGCCCGCAGAGCUGCCUGGGGUGACGAUAUGGGUGUUCGUGGUAUCCCUGGAAUUGACUCUCUCGGAGCUACCCCUCCUCCUGCCCAGGAGUCCGGUGAGACCGGCGCCGUCGCCGUCAACCGUCGCCAGAAGCGUAUGAUGGAUAAGGAGAACAAGAAGGAUAAGAAGGGCGGAGGCCGUUCAAGUGCCCGUGCCUCCGGUACCUCCACCCCCACCGAGCAGCCUGCCAGCACUGGCGAGCGGAAGCGCGUUGUUGCUGAAAAUGGCAAGACUUUGAUUGUCGAUUCCAUCGGCAAUGUGUUCCUGGAAGAGCAGAACGAGAAUGGCGAGCGCCAAGAAUUCCUGCUUGACAUUGAUCAAAUUGAACGCCCCACUAUCCGUGAAACAAUGCUGUGCAAGCUUCCUAUCUGGUGCUUUAACAGUACCGUUGGUCGGGUGCUGGGAACUUCUGCUGACGAGGAAGUGGAGUCGGAUGAGAGCGAGGAGUCUUUUGUCGAGGAGGCUGAGACUACUGCCACCUCCAAGCCUCGUUCUCGGAAGCGUGGAAAGCGCUCCCAGCGAUCAUAG